GAUUCUCCUCUCUCUAGAAUUGUUCUUGAAAUUCUCUCCGCCAACAUCGUUUUGCGUUCAUUUAUCUCUCUGAUUGGAUUUGAUUUCGGUCGGGGAUUGUCGUACGAAACCCUUCGGAUUCUUAUUUAACGAACGUAUUACUCAUUCCAUGGAACAAAACCAUUCCGUGCAUGAGUCUGGACAUGAUGUCUCUCUCAAGCAAAACUGGAGAUCCGUCUCAGAAGAUGCUAAUGGUUGUUUCGAAUGCAACAUUUGCUUAGACUCAGCCGAUGAUCCUGUUGUCACCCUCUGUGGUCACCUCUACUGCUGGCCGUGCAUUUACAUAUGGCUUCACGUUCAAAUCUCCAGCGAUGAACCCGAAAACACCCAGAACUGCCCUGUUUGUAAGGCUAGCAUCACUCCCUCUUCUUUGGUUCCCCUCUAUGGUCGUGGCACGUCGAACUCAGAUUCCGAAUCCAAGAAGUCUCACUUGGGUAUGGCUGUACCUCGAAGACCACCACCGUCGAUGAACGCACCGCCCCAUUCCAAUGCUGCCUCUGCAUUGCAUCCUAGCCAGCAGCUUCAUCCAAAUUAUAUUCGCUCGCCCUCACACCCACACCCGCACCAGCACCCAAUCUAUCACCAACAAUACUUCCCCCAGGCUUAUAGCGACGUUGCUUCAUAUGCACCUUCUUAUCUCGGUAAUGCCGUGAUAACAAGUCUGCUAAACCCGACGAUCGGGAUGUUCGGAGAAACAGUUUUCACUAGAAUUUUCGGUAGCGUGGAUGGGAACUUGUUGCCAUACCCGACUUACAACAACUCGAUCACAGGGAAUGGCAGUAGCAGAAUGAGAAGACAGGAAAUGCAGCUUGAUAAGUCUCUUAAUAGAGUCUCCAUCUUUCUAUUUUGCUGCUUUAUUAUCUGUCUUCUAUUGUUUUGAAAUUGGCAAUAGACGUUCUGUGAAGAAGCAUAUCAUAUCAUAUCAUAUUGACCAGCAGCAAAAUGAGCAGCUAGAAUUUUUAUGUAUGACUUUACUGUGAGAAGUCAUCCAUUUGUACAGAAGCUUAAGCUAAUAUCACAAUAUUUUGCAACAUAA